UCUUCUUUAUUCUUUGGAUACCCUUCAAGAGAGAGAAAUUAGGGUUUCUCCUUUCUUGAGGGUGUACUGCAUGCAUCUUCUUCACCUUUCCUUUUUCCUGUUUGGUUGCCGAGAAAACCCGAGAAAAUAAAGGAAUGGGAAGGGGGAGGGUUCAGCUUAGGCAGAUCGAGAAUAAGAUAAGGAGGCAAGUCACCUUCUCGAGCGGCUUGGUAAAGAAAGCUCAAGAGAUCUCUGUGUUGUGCGAUGCCGAAGUAGCUUUGGUCGUUUUUUCUUCAAAGGGCAAACUCUUUGAGUACUCCGCCGGUUCAAGCAUGGAUAAAAUAAUCGACCGUUACGAGAGACACUCGUGCUCUAGCCAGGAAAUUCCUGCACCAAUUUCGGAUUCGCAGGGCAACAGUUCAACGGAAUGCUCGAAGCUCUUGAGAAUGAUUGAUGUUGUGCAAAGGAGCUUAAGGCACUUGAAAGGGGAAGAGAUGGAUGGGUUAAGUAUAAGAGAGCUUCAGAGUUUGGAGAUGCAACUUGAUAUUUCUCUCAAGAAAACUCGCUCUAGAAAGAAUCAGCUCAUGCUCGAAUCCAUAACACAACUCCAGAAGAAGGAAAAGGAACUAAAGGAACUACGAAAUCAAUUAACGAAGAAGAUUGACGAGAGUAAGAAGGUGGAGAGAGUUGAUCAAAGUGGAGAGUUAGAGCCCUCAUCUCCUCCUCCUCCUCUAUCUCUUGGAGGCGCAUUUCAAAGGAGGGAAGCCGACGCUGGAACCCUAAUCCGGCCACCGACAAGUACCACAUUGCCGCAUUGGAUGCCUCGUCGGUCCGAAGAUUAGAAUAAUAAGAAUAUAUCACCAUAACGACAUUUCCUUUUUGUUAUUCCGGUAUUUGAUAUACCGACUAUGAAGGAAUGUUUGGUUUAAGUCGAACCGAACCAAAAACCGGAUAGUGAAUCCGGUUUUGGUACUUAUGGUGCGUUGGAAGCUCUUCUUUACGUUUAGUAUUUUACAG